AUGACCCUUCAACCAUAUAAUUUUGAACCAACAGCGGAUGAUCUGGGAACAUAUAUCCAACCACAAUAUUUAAAUAAUUCAUUUUUGGAAAUUGAUGUUAAUGGACGAUCAAAAGUGACUAACAUAAAUAAUUGGUGUAUGUGCGAAAAAUGUUGCAUUUUAAAUAACGAUGUUGAGUGUGUUUGUUGUACUGAAUUUGAAAAAGUUACACCUUUACGAACGGGAAAUAAGUGUAUAACAGAGAGUGAUUUGUUUAAAAAAAAUAUUUAA